AUGUCGGACUCUGAGGAGGAGAGCCAGGACCGGCAACUGAAAAUCGUCGUGUUGGGGGAUGGUACCUCCGGGAAGACAUCCUUAGCCACAUGUUUUGCUCAAGAAACGUUUGGGAAACAGUACAAACAAACUAUAGGACUGGAUUUCUUUUUGAGAAGGAUAACGUUGCCAGGAAACCUGAAUGUUACUCUUCAAGUCUGGGAUAUUGGAGGACAGACGAUAGGAGGCAAGAUGUUGGAUAAAUAUAUCUAUGGAGCACAGGGAAUCCUCUUGGUGUAUGAUAUUACAAAUUACCAAAGUUUUGAAAAUUUGGAAGAUUGGUAUUCGGUGGUGAAGAAAGUGAGCGAGGAGUCAGAAACACAGCCACUGGUUGCCUUGGUGGGCAAUAAAAUUGAUUUGGAGCACAUGCGGACAGUAAAACCUGAAAAACACUUGCGGUUUUGCCAGGAAAAUGGUCUUAGUAGCCACUUUGUCUCAGCCAAGACGGGAGAUUCUGUCUUCCUGUGUUUUCAGAAAGUUGCUGCUGAAAUCCUUGGAAUCAAAUUAAACAAAGCUGAAAUAGAACAGUCACAGAGGGUGGUGAAGGCCGAUAUUGUAAACUACAACCAGGAACCCAUGUCAAGAACUGUUAACCCUCCUCGGAGCUCCAUGUGUGCAGUCCAGUGA